GAUGUGUGUGUGUGUGUUUGAAGUUUGGAAAUUUUAUCUAAUUUGUUGUUAAACUAAAUUGAAGGUGCUGUGAUGACAUAUAAAAACUUUAUUGCACAAAAUUACAAAAAUUAUGUAGGUACCAUAGAUUUAGAAAAAAUGUGUACUAUAGAAUUAGGCCACGCGCAUGUGGCCAUAAAUCUAUGGUAUUAAAAGGUCUACUACUGCCACGGAAACUAUUACUAAAUCUUAAGUAAAUUGUGAUGAUGGAAAACUAUGAGUCAAAGUAAUAUAACAUAAUAAUUUGUUUUGGAAUGGUUAUUACAAACCAUCAGGAAAAGAAACUGUGAAGAUUGUGGAAAUAUGUUAAGAAUUUAAUAAAAUUGGUACAGCUCUAAAAGAUACAUAGAAAUGCCGAAGUCUUCUGGGGAAAGCUCAUUACAGCCAUUGAAAAGGUUUAAAAAAAUCCCCGUUUAUGUCGUAGAAGAGCACAAUGAGGCCUUACAAUUUAUUUAUUCCGCUAUAGGAGGCAAGAAAUUGCCGUGCGAAGGUACCACGUUGUUGCAUUUCGACUCUCAUCCGGACAUGCUUAUAGAUAGGAAGUUGAAAGGAGAGGACGCUCGGGCAGGAAGGAAUCUGUUGCCGCUGCUACAAAUAGAGAACUGGAUAGUACCCGCAGCAGCGGCGGGGUAUCUGGGCCGCGUGGUAUGGCUGCGGCCGCCCUGGGCCACCCAGCUCGCGGACGGAACUCGCGCCGUCCGAGUGGGCGACCACCCCCGCACGGGCCUUUUGCGCGUCGACUGCAAAGAACCAUACUACAUGUCCGAUGCUCUCUAUUCAAACGAAUUAAUAAAUGAACGAAAGUUUACUCUCACAGUCGCAGAAGUACCAAAUCCGACACAACAAAAAUCAGAUGAUGAGCUGCAAAAACUAGUAGAUACGAUAGAUUUAUCUCAACCGUAUGUUCUUGACAUAGAUUUAGACUUCUUUAGCACAGCCAAUCCGUUCUUGUCUUUGUAUGAUAGUAUUAAAUUGUACGAUCUUUUGGAGCCAAUAUUUAAUUUUGAAUUGCCAGAAAAUGAUGAUGUCUUCACGGUAGAAAAAGUAGUAGAGUCCAGGGAGCGGCAGUUGGCUGAGCUGGAACAUAUAUUUGAGCAUCUAGACGAGCACGGAAAUCUACUGACUUACGGAGGGGGGAAAACGGAGCUAUAUACUAAGGUUUCUGCACUCGUGGAUGCAGUGACAAAAGAAGCGGAGAAACUAGGCGAUGCGCCGGACUGGUUCGCAGUGUUCGCAGGGGGGUGUACUAGGGACCAGGGGGGCUUGCCCCACCACAUAAGCACGGAGCAGGAGAUGCGAGACAUGAUCAAGGAGUCAUUGCUUCCUCUACUGCUGAGGCUACCGGCCCCCGUGUUGGUCACUGUCGCCAGGUCAUCUGAUGACGGUUACUGCCCUAAACAUCAGGUGGAUUUAAUUCAGUCGUUAGUAUUACAAAUCUUGAAAGAAGUGUAUGACAUCGACGAUCCGGCUUUACACUAUUUGACUGUGAAUACAAACUAAUGAAUGUUGUAAAAUAAUUGCUGUAAUAUAAGUACCUAUUAUCAAUAAAAAAUUACACAAAUUAA